AUGCCUUUGAACUAUUCUAAAUGGGACAACCUAGAGCUUUCGGAUGAUUCCGACAUCGAGGGCCAUCCGAAUGUAGAUCAUCGUUCGCUCGUCCGAUGGAAGCAACGCGCCAUUCACGAGCAGCGCGAAGAGCGCAAGCUCCGCAUCGCCCAGCUGAAGGCCGACAUCGGAGUCAAUGAAGUCCUCAGGCCCCGCCUUGCCGCUAUCGCCCAGGAUGUUGACUCGCAAGGUCCCCCGCACUUCUCAUCGCUCGUCGAACGGUUCAGGACGAAUCCUGCUCCCGAAAAGCCACCAACGAAUGCUCCGGACCAGAAGACGUAUGACGAAAUGCUGCUGGCGCUGAUGCUGCAGGUGUGGGAGGAGGCGAAGAAGAAGGGCGUGGGGAAAGACGAUCCGAAGCUUGGGGAGGCGUUGGUUGAGGGUUUGAAGACGCACCUCGUGAGGAUCGAUGAGCACCAGGAGAAGUUGCGGAAGGAGCUUGCGAAGGAGGAGGCGGAGAUGCACAAGAAGAUUACGUCUGAGGAUAUUCAUGAAGGAUUCGACUCAAAGUACGUGCCGCCAAAGCCAGCGCCGCCCCCUGUCAAGAACGCUAUCCAAGACAAGCCAAAGAACACGGUGACGGAGUUCGAGACUCUCAAUCCCAAGGGCGUCGCCAGUGCACCCAGCACCAGCUCAUCCGGGGCAUCAUCAUCAAAAGCCCCCGCAAGAGACGACGACGCCGAUGCCGACGAACUGCCCGAGCUCACACCUUCUCUCGAGGGGUUCUCGCGCAUCCCUGUCCGCGCGUACGAGCAGUCAUGGGAAUUCAUUAAAGCGCACCGUGACGUCUACGUCCCCGGCGCGUCCGAUGCACUUCUCGUCGCGGCGUUCCGCGCGCAGAGCGACGGGAACCCGAAGUGGGCACUUCAGUGCGUGCACCAAAGCCUGCUGCUCCAGUACUGCGAGAAGCUCGGCAAGGAUGGCCCUUCUAUGUUCUUCCGGAAGAUGACCUCGGGUGACCCCCGGGCGACGGCGGUAUUCGAGAAGGACGUCCAGGACACGUACGCGCACCUCGUCGAGCGGGUGCGGAUAUCCAAGGCGGAGGAGGCCGCUGCCGCAAGCGGCGAGCAGAUCCAGCUCGUCCCCGAGAACCCGGACACGCAGAUCGGGUUCAACGUCCCGGACGGGCCGCCCCCCGAGCACCUCGAGCUAGAAGGGCCCGGGUUCGAGAACGUGAGCGUCGAGGACGUGAGGAAGGCGCUGCAGAUGCAGUGGGACGUGUUCUCAGCCUUCGACGAGCGUCUGCAGAAGGCGCUGCGGAGUCAGAGCCUGGACGAGGUGAACAAGGUGCUGGGUUCGAUGAAGGUCGAGGACGCGGAGGAGGUCGUGCGGCUUCUCGACGUCUCUGGCAUUCUGAACUUUUCGGAGUCCGGCGUCCGGGACGAGACG